ACACAACAGUAGCUAGCGCGACAUGCUGCUGACAGCAGAUUGAUAAAGAUGCGCUUGUACAAUAAUUGUGUGAGUUCCGUAGCGAGGCAUGCAGUGUCGGCUUACUUGUUGUGUUACCCAAGGCAAGCGCUUGUGACAUCUUUCCUGUUUUGAGCUCUUUUUCGCCCAGCAAAUAGCAUAGCUGUGCUACUCAGCUCUGGCCCGAUCGGCAAAGAGAAGCUAGCAGCGGUGCUGUACUGUGUGACUCAGUCCGGCGCUCACAAAAUAUUACAUCGUGUUUCUGCGUGGACUUCAAGUUCUACGCUAGUAGUAGUUACGAGCUCUGGAAUAAAGCUGCCAGUGCCAGCCUGUAUUGAUACUUUGACUUAUUGAGAGUCCGAGCUAGUCCGUCCAUUGGUACUGGCUUCCUGCCUGGCUGGUACGAGUGUCACAGUGAACAAGCGGACCGGUUCAGCACUUGUUUUGCUGGCGUAGAUUAUUGCCAUAUUGGUCACACAGCUACAAAAAAGACCCAGUGAUUGUCAGCGUGCUCGGAUAUACCGGUACUACACAGCAAUGGGGAAAGCGUCCAGUAAGUUGAGUGAAGAGGACAUCAGGGAGCUGCGAGAGAAGACGCAGUUUAGCGAGCGUGAGCUGAUCGAGUGGCACAAGGGCUUCAUGCAGGACUGUGGCGAAAGUGGUGAGCUGAGACUGGAUGAGUUCAAGAGGAUCUAUGCUAGCUUCUUUCCAGCUGGUGAUGCCACCGCAUUUGCUGAGCACGUGUUCCGAACGUUCGAUCAUGACGAGGAUGGUAUCAUUGGCUUCAAGGAGUUCAUCAUCGGCCUGUCGGUUACAUCGCGGGGCCACUUGGAAGAGAAACUGAAAUGGGCUUUCAAGCUGUAUGAUUUGAACGACUCCGGUGACAUCACACGAGACGAGCUGCUCAGUGUUGUGCAGUCUAUCUAUGCCAUGGUGGGCAGACAGAUCAAUCUGGGAGGAGAUGAUAGCACACCUCAGCGGCGUGCCGAGAGGAUAUUCGAGCAGAUGGAUGCCAACCAGGACGGUCGGCUAUCGCUGGCAGAGUUCAUCGAGGCGGCGCGCAGCGAUCCUUCAAUCGUGCGCCUCUUGCAGACCGAUGCGUCUGGUACUCAGCAUGCAAUGCCUGGCGGCGGUGCUGCAGCAGGUGGAAACUAAGAUACAGUUCGUCGACUUGGCAAUGCACGGAAGUGGUGUGGAGUCAUGUGGGCGCAUGACGGCUAGGUGUGUGUACUUGGCUCAGCCUCCAAUGAUUGUCAGCGGUUGCGGGGUUCUGAACGGCUGUUGUCCAGCGGCCAGCUAGAUACAUGUACACUGCAACAGGUCAGAUGCCGUUGGCAAAACCGUACUGUGUCCGGAAAUUCUCACGCAUGACUGCUUUUCAUCUUUGUUGGAAGCCAUGCCAUAGACAGCGCUAUUGGUGAUGCCUUUUGUUAUACUGGUCUUCGGACAUCAUAGUACUGGGUAUCGCUGGGAACGUACGGCGUGUACAGGUAUUACACGGACACGAUUGUGGAUGGCUAGAGUACUACUAGCUUCUGGUGUUUUACUACAAACGUUUUACUAUAAUUAUUAUCAAGUAGUUUUAACUGGUGCUACUUGUUUCUCGUCAGCAUCAGCUGAGUUUUGAGUGACAUUGGUUGCAGUUUUAGAAGAUCGCUGAUUGUAGUCAUAGUUUGUCUAGCCCGGCUUGAUUCGGUGAGUUUCCUGAGCUAAGCUUCCAAGCCGACCCGCCAGGUUUGCUUUUUAUUCCCGAUUAUGUUGAUGGGUAGGUUUCUAUCUUUCCGAUUUGAUUUUUCGUCGAACUUAUGAAUUUCAUAUUUUGGAGUUUCAACUACCGGCUUUUAUUUGCGGUUUACUAGUAAUACAUGUACAUUUUGCUUUUUUAAACUACGGUCGAUAAAGUAUCUGUCCGCAAAUAUUAACUAUUGUCAAAUAGAGAAUUUGUCAAUCUGAUGUCUUUGAAACAUCCCUAUUCUUCUGAUAAAGAACAUAAUGCUUACUGCAGCUACAGUCACUAGCCCGGUGACAGCAAUUUUUUAGUAUGAUUGAUCGUACUCAGUCUGUGAUUGCUUGGAAAGAUGAUUAUUACUGUCACUCUAAA